CUCCAUUUCCCCCAGUUCGUCAAUUGCUGGAACUAGCAUCAUCUCCCUUGCUCUGAUUUUCUACCCUUCGCAGUUGACCCCCGACGUCCUGCCGUAUGUGAUCCAAGCACCACAGCCGGGGAUCGUAUCGACCAGCCGAUUCCCACCUGUCUCUAUUGAUCCUCCGCCCACGGAGACCCACGGACCAGGCAGACGAAUACCAACAUCCCCUGCCUAGGCCUUCGUCUACUCAUUCGUCUUGCGGGCUGUCGCAAUCACCCAAGGAUACCCAUAUAUAGCCUUUCUCGAGCCCUGUCUCCCUCCUUGUCGGUUGUGAUCGGAACCUUAUUCCUCGACACUUCGGAACCUCGGUGGACGAACAAUUAGAUCGACGGCCAGAGCGACCAGUAUAAUCUGCUUGGAGUGAACACGAUGCGUGACGGCGGCUUGGGAAAAUUACAAAGGAGGAUGAGACGAUUUGGCGACACUUUGAACCCAGAUGAUGCGUAUCUAAGUUAUCAUGAUGUCCGAUUAACACGAGGGGACAUGCAGUCGCUGAAGAAUGACUGGCUGACCGAUAAUGUCAUCUCUUUCUGGGAGGAAUACCUUGAACACGAAUUUCUCGUCCAAUAUAGGUCCUCCAACAUCGUCCUCCUUCGACCGAGCAUGUCAUUCAUGAUCCUGCAAACGCCAAACCCACAUUCUCUGCGUGAAGCGCUUCCCGAUUUUUCUCGAACUACGCAUGUCUUCCUCCCUAUCAACGAUUGUCGCAAUGUCACGGAAGCAGAGGGAGGCACACACUGGUCAUUAUUAUUGAUUUCGAUUGUGGACGGGAUAGCGUUUCACUAUGAUUCGCUGCCACCGGGCAAUUUCUGGGAAGCCCGGACGGUGACAAUGAAAUUCGCGGCAUUACUUGGACGACCCAUUAACUACGUUCAUUUGGAGGAUUCGCCAGUACAAGAGAAUGGGAGCGACUGUGGCGUGUUCGUCUGUUUGAGCAUGCGCCAUUUGUUACUGAAGAGAUUGCUCACUGCCAACGCCAAUGAGAAGGUCAGCAUGAGUCUUGGUGGGCGCAAGGUUGAUGCUCGGUCGGGACGCAAGGAAAUGGCCAAGAUUAUUGAAGGCUUCCGGAAGGAGGGCGAAAGACGAAGAUCAGCGAGUCUAAGCCCCCUUGGCAAGAAGUCGACCAGUCCUCCACGGAUCGAAUGAUUUCACGAUCAAUUGGAACAAGUCAGGGUCGGCGUCGGAAAGGUUUGUACAUUGGGAGUUAUUGAUACCAGGUCUCGGAUACUGCAUACAUAAGCCAGAGGGAUUGAUUUGGUUGUGCUGGGAACUCGGGCGUGAUAGCGCCUUGGAAGCCCUUCUGGCUACGCAUUCUUCUUGUAUUGUCGCUGCUGUACUUGCGCUGUGUUAUCAUUGUUCUUCUAGUUAUUAGUUCGGGCAGCAUUUCCUAUUGAUUGUUGCAUUUUUAUGUUAUGAUAUGAUAUGGGGUAAUGAGAGACGUGCGUUCGACUAUGAUGGCUGCCUUUAGUUUGUUGCAUUCUAGCUUAAGCACUGUUUCUGAUUAUUUCCGACUCGCGUGUUUGUGUUUGGAUGGAC